AAUGUUUCAUUGUUCGUGACAGAAAGUCACAAAAUUUCUGUUUCAAUUUAUGAAAGAAUUUUUUUUCGGAAAAUUGAUGAUAUUAGAAAUUAUUAAAUACAAUGUUUCGAUAUAUUUUACAAAGAUUAUCGCCUGAAAGCUGUUCCAGAUAUUUCACAAGGAGAUACAGUGAUUCUAAUAAAAACAAAACUUCGAACAACGAUAUUGCAUACGAAGCUGAAUAUUAUUACAGACAGGAUAAAGAAUUGUUAGAAAUGUUAAAACAAAAAAUGCAAGAGGAAGUGAAAUGCAUGCAAGACGAGGUGACAUCAAUGCGUAAUAAAAUUGAAGAAUAUAAUCGUACCAUCAAUGAAAAUCUUCGAUUUUUAAAAGGUCUUGAGAAAGAUUUAUCGGCUAGCGAUAAGAAAUAGCUUUAUUGUGAUACUUCUCUUCGAAAAUGUGAAACACAUUGUAAUUAGUUGCUAAUGAUACUUAUUGAAGUUGAAAAUACAUAUUCAAGAAGCAAGAAAGUUUAAUGCAGGCUUAAAUUUUUAUAUCUUAUGAUUAAAAAAUAGUUGGUUGACAAA